UAAAUUUUUGAUUUUACGCUUCAAUUUUGAAAAGAUGUCUCAAGGUUUUGCUUCCACAAUGGAACCUUUUAGAAAAGGUACAUCGUUCACUCAUUGGGUGGAACGAUUAGAAUUUGUAUUCAUUGCAAAUAAGAUUCCAGAAGAUGACCGUAAGGCCCAUUUUAUUACAUUGGUGGGACCGUACGUGUACUCGGAACUCAAGCUUUUGUUUCCGACUGGUAGUUUGGCAGCUGUACCGUUAGCUACCAUGAUAGAAAAAUUGAAAAUGAGAUUAGACAAAACUGCCUCUGGUGUUUGCCAAAGAAUUUCUUUUAACCAGCGUACUCAGAACGCUGAUGAGUCGGCGGAAGAUUUUUUAUUAGCAUUGAAACUUCAGGCUGAGCUGUGUGCCUAUGGUGCGUUUAAGGACACGGCAAUACGAGAUCGUUUGCUGGCUGGUUUGAAAGACGUUAUGCUUAAGCAGAGAAUUCUAAGCGAAGCUGAUCAAACCCUUGAGUCUGCUGAGAAAAUUAUACAGACCUGGGAAGCGGCAAAAAACAAUGUUAAAACUUUAUCUUCUGAACCAUUUUCUAUUCACAAUGUCGUUUCUAUGGCUUCAAAUGGUAAUACAAUGGGAAAAGCUAUGGGUAAACUGGCAGCGGCACAUAAUGCUGCAAAUAAUUCAAUUCCUCAGAAACAAAAUAGCAGAUUACCUGUAAAAGAUAGACUAGGGUUCAGGCCAUAUGGAAAUCCUCGAUAUCAAAAGCAUUUUGGAUAUAAUAGAUAUCAACAGAAAAAUACUUGGAAACCAAAUAGCAAUUUUAAACCGGCAGACUUUCGAGAGAGCUUUGAAACUAGAAUUUGCGAUUUUUGUGGGGUAAAAGGACAUUUGAAGAAACGAUGCUUUAGGUUGAAAAAUAUGAAGAAAGAGGCCGUUAAGCUGGUGGAACAAAUGAAACCCGGAACGUCAGGUACGAGCACGCAGAAUAUUUCAGAAUUGAUGAACCGUAUGAGGACUGAGGAGUCUGACAACGAUGAUUCAGACGAAGGUGGAAAUUGGAAACGUAAGGGUCAACGCACACAGAAGUCAGCUUAGAGUGACUAAUUCGGACUCAAUGGUCCGGCCGAACAUAUUUUGUCCUGGGACGAUGGCAGGAUCGGCAAACGCAAGAGAUGAAGCGGAAGAAGAUUUCCGAGGUUUUCCAAGUGAAGAAUUAAGGAAGACUCGAAAAAGGAAGAAAACUGAAGUUAAUAUUUCGCCAAUCAGGCGCUCGAAAAGAUUGAAGACAAAGAAAUAUGAUAAUGAUUUUAUAUAUAGCUGAUAAAUUUGUAUUAAACAGAAUUGAUAAAUGUCAAUUCUUCUCUGUUUGUAAUAUACUUCGAGAUCUUUAGGGGGAAGAGCUGUUAUGUAACACUUCUCCAAAUGUGUCCACCUUGUACAUUACAUGUUCGAAAAAAUCCAAUCUAAUUGCACGUAUUGUGUUUAGUGUGUAUUGAUCGAAAAGUCGAUCAAUACACAAUAUAAAAACAUCAAUAAACAGAGGCAGGUCCUCUUUCAGUGUUAAACUUUCAACAA